AUGGCGAAUACCUAUCCACCCAAACUCACCUUUCUCGAAAAGGUCGAUCUCGCUCCGGCAAAUAUAUCAUUGAUUGCCGCUGCGAUCUAUACGGCUAUUGCCGCAAUCUUCCGUGGACAGAAGGGCGCGAAAUCGUACAAGAAACAUAUCAGCUAUGCGGUCAUUCGGAAAAUGCUAUUAAGGCUUUCCACGAGGCAGAAUCAAGCACUGAAUCCUCCUACGAAUGGGGUUUAUGAUCAAUAUGUGAAGCAAAAGGGAAUGGAAUCCCAAACGGUAGAGCUAGAGCAUGGAGGUUUGGGACAUUGGAUAGGGAAUAAGGAUGCGAAAAAUGUCCUCAUAUACUUCCACGGUAUGUCAAACACCCUAAGCUGGGACCGCUUCAAGGCACAUGCUAAUACCGUUUAUGAAGGUGGUGGUUUUGCCGUAGCCGCUAAUCCCGUAUACUUUCAGCUGUUGCACGAAAUAAUGGAUAAGCUCAAUGCUGCAGGAAAGGAUAUUGCCGUCUUCAUGCUCACCUACACCCUUACCCCUCAUGCCGUAUACCCUACGCAGAUGCAACAGGCUGUCGAAGCGCUCCGUCACAUUAUUGGAACCGGCCGCGACCCAUCCAAUGUCAUUAUCGGUGGUGACUCUGCCGGCGGCAAUCUCACACUAGCGGUGCUUUCUCACCUGUCGCACCCACACGCAGCCAUAAAACCACUUGAAAUAUCAGGUCCAUUAGCGGGCGCCUUUAUGAUCGCACCAUGGGUUUCAUUUUCGCAAGAUUUCCCCUCUGUCAAAGACAAUGAAUCUAAAGAUAUCAUUACAUCUGAUAUCGCUGUCAGAUGGGGGUCGAGCUACCUUGCCGGGCAAAAGGGGGACAAUUAUAACCAGCCGCUCCUUGCCCCAGCGGAGUGGUGGAAGGACGUUAAAGCGCGCAAUUUGCUUGUUGUGGCUGGUGCAGAUGAGAUUCUGCUUUCAGCAAUUGAUGAAUUUGUGAAGAAAUUAGAGGUAAGAAUUAUCUUCCCGUGGCACCCUGAAUAUCUUUGCUUUUGA